UCAAGAUGUGGCUCUUGCUCUGCGUUACCAUGGAAACCAGAGCUGCAGCGCUGCAGUCUCAAAUUGGGAGUUGGAAGAAAAAGACAGGAAAGAGAAAAAAGAGAUAAAGAAGGAGGGGGUAUUUCAGCUGGAAUGGUGGAGAAAGGUAGUCCCUAUAUAACCAUUAACGCAGGCGUUUUAUGAUCCUUUUAUCACUUUACUUGCAAGCAAAACACCUUUGGCUAUCUAAUUUCAUAAACAAAUGUAUUUGAUUUGGUAAAUAAAUUCAUUUUGGGGGUUUAGUCUUUUAGAGGCGUUCGUGUACUCCCUGCACAUCAUGGUCUGCUGUUGUUACAAAUUUUGCUAUAUGCGUACAUUCCUGACGAUUCAUUACAAUGGUCACAGCGCCCUCUGUAAAUGUGCACUACCGCUCCAAACCUGUAGACGGCGACGUUGAAUCAUACGUUUCACCAGGGUGCACGAGGAAACCACUUCAUGAUACCAAACGUAUCAACGAGCAAUCCUGCUCGUUCAGCAACAGUUCAGUGAUUUAAAACUUCGAUGCUACUGUAAACAUUAAUGAAGGACUUUUUUAUGGUUGUCAUAUUAAGUUUUAGACGUAGAAUACUUGCUUAGAUAGUCGUGGGUGUCAUGACAGUCAGUUUCUUUAAUUGUCCAUUAAUCUGUGAUGGUUAUUAUGUACAUGACAACGAUGGCAAAUCCAUGUAACAUUGCUGCUGACCUGAAUAAGUACAUUGUGAAGGAGGCUCCUCCAACUAUUUAUUAUGUUCCAAAUUUUAUAACGGAGGCCGAGGAGGAGUAUUUGUUGCAGCAGGUAUACAGAGCUCCCAAGCCCAAGUGGACACAAUUGUCAGGGAGGAGGCUACAGAACUGGGGUGGAUUGCCAAAUCCCAAAGGAAUGCUUGCUGAGAAACUCCCCGAUUGGUUGCUAAAGUACACCGAGAAAAUAUCGGCUCUUGGAGCUUUUGCUGGAAAGACAGCUAAUCAUGUGCUUGUAAAUGAAUACAAGCCUGGGGAGGGAAUUAUGCCUCAUGAGGAUGGACCACUGUAUCACCCCACAGUAACAACUAUCAGUCUGGGUUCUCAUACACUUCUAGAUUUCUACAAGCCUGUUUGUCAGACUCAGUCUGAAACUCCUCAAACAGAAGAAAGCCGCUACAUGCUAUCAUUGUUGGUACAACGAAGAAGUCUGCUGAUUCUGCAGGAUGACAUGUACAAAUUUUAUCUGCAUGGUAUUCACGGAGUUUGUGAGGAUAUUUUGUCAGAGCAUGUGGUGAAUCUCUCAUCAACAGGGACUCAGGUUUGCAACACGCUGCUCCGCAGCACCAGAGUCUCCCUUACCAUUCGCCAUGUUCCCAAAGUCAUCCGGACCAAUCUGUUGCUUGGCUAGAAGUGACACAUUCACAGACUUGCUUGAACUUUGAACCAGACAAACAGGUUAUACAUGUUUACACCCGCAAUGCAAAGUGUGGAAAUGCAAUAUACAAGUGUCUACAAUAUAUUAUUGUAUAUGCAGAGCAUUAGUGUCUGUAAGGGUAUUUUAAUAUAGAUACCUUACAUGGUGGCAUGUAUGCAGCAGCCUUUGAAAUAUUUGUCCUCUCAAAGCUGAAAGGUCUACGGGGUUGUCGAUUGUACAAACAGAUCUGCAUUGAUAAACAAAUGGCUUUUUUUUGCAACAUAAA